CCGUAAAUUUUGCUCCACUCAAGACUCGGAUCGGACUCUCGAACCAGCGAAUGCAUCGGGCGCGCGCGCGCGCACGUUCCGCUCCCAGACGGAGCUCAGCGCGCACCCACGAGGCAUCAUCUUUAUCACCAUCAUCCCUCCAUUCCGUACGUAUUGCAUCGGCUCCAGCAGCGGCAACCCUUGACGACAAAAAAAGCUAGCGCAAGAGCUCGAGAAACUGCUCGAGAAGCUGCAUACGAUGGCAGGUCCAAGCGACACGCAAUGUCUGAGGGCGCAGAUUGCGGAUGUCAGGACUCUGGCAGCUCUGCUCAGACCCAUCGCAUUCUCGACUUUCGCGACCGUCUCGCUGUCCGAGUCCGGCUUGACAUUCACCACGGAGCAGGAUCGUUCUCUGCAAGCCAACGCAUACGUUCCAUCCUCUCUCUUUAGCCCAUUUCACUUUCGCGUCGUUCGAUCCCCCACUCGCAAACGCAAGCGUCAAGUCGAACGAUCAUCGCAGCCAUCAUCCGCUACUCUGGAAGAGGGCUCGUCAGUGCAAGGCUCGGAGCUGCGCGAGCCCGAGCCUCUGAGUCCAGCAGCUCUUGAGCGAGCCGAAAGAGAAGCUUCUGAGCGAGUCAGAGGAGCACAUCAUUCUCCAGACCAGCAGGAAGAGAGUGGAGACGAGCAAGAUGAAGAGGAGAGCUCAUCCAGGCAGACGAUCGACUUUGACAUUUCCCUUGCUAACUUCUUGCAGUGUCUGAACAUUUUUGGCGGAGCGCCUGCUCUCAAUAAGAGUUCGCACUCCGAUCAAGGUGCUGGAAGUACGAGUCGAGAAAGAGACAAGGAGGCAACUGAUGGGCGAGGGGAUGUUCAGCAGAGAUACUCACGAUCCGGCCUUGGAGCAAGGAAAUCAAAGGACGGGAAGGGGAGCGAUGCAGGCGUCACUAGCGCUGCUCUAACGUUCGAUGCGCUCUCCAAGAGAUUGGUGUUGAUCCUGGACGACGACGGCGGGGCUACGACCAAGUGCGAGCUGGCGAGCUACGAGCCACAAGGAAUCACCGACCUAGCAUUUGAUCCAGACUAUCUGGUCGCGCAAGCGAUCAUGCGCUCCGAGCUCUUGGCAGACGCAAUGUCAUCUGUGGACCCAUCGGCGUCCUUUGUAGGUCUGCGCUUCUCACCGCGCUACAGAUCUACCGCUUCCGACGCUGCACAAGGAUUCAGAACUGCCACUUCCGUAUCGGCGGGCUUGAGGCCUAGCUUGAGCAGCUCGGUGGUGCUCAGCUCCGACGAUGCAGUUGCCAAGCGUCCAGGCGUGACUCCGAAUCCCACCAUCCAAGUGCUCAAGCUCACAGCUGAUAGCGAUACCGGCACAGUAGAGAUGGAAUUGCCCAACGAGAGAGGCGUAAUGGAGAGGUUUGUGUGCAAUUACGAUUUGGAGCAGAGGUACAACUACAAGCACAUGUCCACGACGACACGAGCGCUGCAGACGUCCAUCAAGACCUCCUUGCGCAUCGAUGAGCGCGGUCUGCUUAGCAUGCAGUGUCUCAUGCCUCGCGGACUAGGACGGACCGUGAAUGACGGAGAGGCCGCGCCAGGUCGAAGAAACGACGGCGCAGCGCUUCUCAACAAUCACGGCUUCAUCGAAUUCACAGUGCUCCCUCUGGACGAGGAAAGCCUCAAAUAGAUGCUUGGGGUAAAUGUCAAGGAGCCUAGCAUAUCCUCGCUUUUGUUCAACACACACACACACACACACACACACACACACACACACACACACACAACAUCUGUCCGCUUUUCGGGUGGCCUCGCGCUUGGCACGAAAGGCGCUUGACCUUUCUCGCACUGAUCGAGGCGCAAAGUCAGCGCAACCCACUCUGUAAUUCGCAGUCGGCAUUGCAGGUGGCUCUACACACCGAGGCGUUGCAUAUUCUGCGUGCCUUCACUCGUGAUGCGGUAGAUGCGAGUGAGAGAGAGAGAAAGGGGGGAAGGAAUUCAAAUCAAGGAAGCAGCCAAGAGGGCUCUAGUCGCCACCUCCUCCUGAUCCAAUUCGUCCACUUCCUCAUUCUCCUCGACGUCCGAGAUGAGCAUGUCGACAUCCUGUUCUCGAGAAUCGCCCGUGGUCGCUUGAAUCGAAG